AUAUCUAUCAAAGAUGUCCUGGGAUUCAUACGUAGCAAUGAUGACAAACACUCUCGAUCCAGAGACCAACGCAUACACCGUCACCGGAGUCGGAACCUUCGGAGCCAUCUAUGGAACCGAUGGCUCCAAGUGGGGAAACACCGAAGGAUUCGAAUUGUAUGCUUACGAAUAUGAAAUCGACGGUGGAGACGGUACUACCACGAAGGUCGCCAUCAAUGAAGUCGACAUUGUUAAGGAUAUCCUUGGCGGAAAGACCAAGGGAGGCGAUGCAGGCAUCAGGCUUGGAAAUAAGAAGUAUAUGCACAUCUCUGAAUACGAUGGAGUCCAUAAACUUGUCUGUUCCGGUGGAGGUGCUCUCAUUGCUAAAACUGAGAAAUGCUACAUGGUCUGCGUCUACGACACAAAGAAUAAUGACUCCAAUGGAAAGCCACAAAAUCCAGGAGAUGUUGAGAAGAAUAUGCUCUACUUGAGAACCUAUUUGACCGAGAAUGGAUACUAAUCAAGGAAGAUAGU